AUGUCGCAGUUAGGGUCUGCGAGUAAGGCGGAGGUAGAAAAGGAUACUUCUUCAGACGUAGCGCUGGAACAGUACGCUUCUUCAGACGUAGGACUAAAACAGAACAAUUCUGAACUUGAGCUAAAGAUAGCUAAACUUAAGCAUCAGAAAACUAUUUCAAAGUCAGCUUUGACAAAAUCAAAGAACAAAUUGUUGAAUUUAGUUGAACUUGAGACACCAGAUCGUAAGACAAUUAGGAGUCUAAUUGAUCAGAAUGGUCAGCACAGAAUGGUGGUUAAUGCCUUGCUGGAUGAUGCCAGCACGCAUACUUACAUCAACGAGGAUGUAGCAGCAGAACUUGGUGUUCAAGGUCAGACACAGCAAGUGUCAGUCAAUGUCCUCAAUGAAAAACAGGAAAUAUUUGAUAGUAUGCUAACUGAUAUCGGCUUAGAAAGUACUGAUGGUUCAGUUGACAUGAACAUCACAGCUUUGACAACUACCAAAGUAACAGCUCAGUUUAUCACUCAGGAACAUGCUAAGUCCAUGGAGAAAGAACUUCCAUUGGCUGCAGCAACCGUGGAAAAGUCAACAUAUAUGGAUGACAAUAUGGAUUCCGUUGACACAAAUAGCAAAGCUAUAGAGCUUUACAAACAGCUGCAACAGCUGUGGAGUACAGCAGGUAUGCACGCUCGUAAGUGGGUUUCCAAUUCCAUGCAAGUUCUCCAAGAAAUACCAGAAGAGGAUAGAUUGAAAGAGAUUAAUAUUCAAAUGAGUGAAUUGCCAUCUGUGAAAGCACUGGGCUUACUGUGGAAUGCAGAAUCAGAUGAGUUUAGAUUUUCUUUCAUGUCCUUAAAGCAGGAUAUUAAGAUGACUAAGAGGAACUUCUUGAAAGAAACUGCUAAGCUGUUUGAUCCUCUUGGGUUCUUAGGUCCAUUCAUCAUUAGGGCAAGGGUUCUUCUGCAAGAGAUGUGGAUAUCCGGUGUUAACUGGGAUGAAACCCUCAGUCCAGAUCUGGAACAAAAAGCAUGGUCUUGGUACCUUGAAAUUGAAAAGUUGUGUUCUGUUAAAAUUCCAAGGGGGCUUGAGGUUAGCUUAGAUACUUCAAAGAUGAAGUUGCACACAUUUGUAGAUGCUUCAGAGGCAGCAUUUGGAGCUGUGGUAUAUUUAGUAACCAAUCGUGAAGAUGACACAAAGUCUAGUUAUCUAGUUGCUUCCAAGUGCCAUGUUGCUCCCCUCAAGGCAGUUAGUAUGCCUCGAUUGGAGCUGCUUGCGGCAGUUCUGGGUGUACGACUGUUACUGGCUAUAACAAAGGCAUUAGAAUUACCUUUGCAGCGUGCAACGCUAUGGUCAGACAGCCAGAACGUACUGUGGUGGAUCAAAAGACAAUGUUUUAAGCCAUUUGUAGCAAAUAGGAUUGGAUACAUACAGGAGCAUACACACAUCAGUCACUGGAAAUACGUUCCAUCCAAACUGAAUGCUGCAGACAUUCUUAGUAGAGGUGUAGAUGCUGAAGCACUUUUGACAGAGAAAUGGCUGAAUGGACCUGAAUUUGUGACACAUGAUGAAACCGAAUGGCCGAAGCAGACCAUUGACAUGGACAAUACUGAGACAUCAGAACUGAAGAAACCUUCGCAAGUAAACAUCGCCAUGUUUACUAAGUCUGAUCCAAUCUCUUGGAGAUUAGCGCCAGCUAGAUUUUCUAGUUGGAAGAGAUUGUGUAGAGUGUCGGCAUGGAUCUAUAGGUUUCUGAACAACGCUAGGGUUCCAUAUUCACUUAGGAAAAAGGGUGAACUUGAUCCUGAAGAAAUUGAGGACGCCGAAACUACAAUUAUGGUCAGGACUCAAAGAGAAGAAUUUUCUGAUGACUAUUCGUCACUGAUGAGGAAAUCAAACUUGCCUUCAAACAGCAAGUUGUUUGGCUUACAGCCUUACGUUGAUAAAAAUGGGUUGAUGAGGACAGGAGGGAGACUCAGAUUUGCUGACGUAUUGUCAUUCAGUGCCAGAUUUCCCAUUAUACUCCCGAGACAUAGUUGGGUCACCAAACUGAUUGUCAAGUUUUACCAUGAGCAGGUCAAGCACACAGGUACGAACAGUACGUUAUCAGCAGUGUCAUCUAGGUUUUGGAUUAUUUCAGCUAGAGAGGAAAUUCGUCAGUGGGAAAGAGAAUGUUCAUGGUGUAGACGACAAAAAGCCAAACCAGCGCAUCAGAUAAUGGCAGACCUACCGAAGAUCAGAGUGAGGUGUACAAUGAAAUCAUUUGUGACAGCAGGUGUGGACUAUGCAGGUCCUUUUUUCACUGUACAGGGUCAAGGCAAGAGUCGACAGAAACGUUAUCUCUGCCUUUUCACAUGUUUGUCAACCCGAGCGGUUCAUUUAGAAAUGGCAUUCGGUUUAGACACAGAUUCAUUUCUGAAUGCCCUGUUUCGUAUGGCUCACAGACGAGGUAUGCCAAAGGAGGUAAUCUCGGACAACGGAACCAACUUUGUUGGUGCUGCAAAGGAGCUGAAGCAGCUCAUUUCAGGACUAAACUCGGAUGUGAUUAAGUCAACCUUGGCAAACAAAAGUGUGAAGUGGUUGUUUAAUCCUCCACACGCACCAUAUUUUGGAGGUGUUUUCGAGUCUUUAGUGAAGUCAGCAAAACGGGCUAUCUAUGCUAUACUGAGUUCAGGUGACGUCAGUGAUGAAGAGCUGAUGACAGCCUUUACAGGAGCUGAAGCUCUUCUGAAUUCUAGGCCUUUGACCUAUCAAAGUGCACAUCCAAAGGAUGAUGUGCCUCUUACGCCCAGCCAUUUCCUACAUGGUCAGAUGGGUGGAGAUUUCGCACCAGAGUUAGACUCUACCUCGUUCAGCCCAAAGAAGCGAUGGAGGAGAGUUCAAGAACUCAUCAGACAUGUGUGGAAACGAUGGAUGAGGGAGUGGCUCCCGACUCUCAACAUCAGAAAGAAGUGGUUCACACCAUCCAGAGAUAUACAGGUCGAUGACGUUGUCAUUGUGGUAUCUCCAGAUACUCCUCGUGGAGUUUGGCCUCUUGGCAGAGUUCUCAAAACGUAUCCUGGAAAGGAUGAUCACGUUCGUGUUCUUGAUGUUAAAGUUGGCAAAACAGUCUUGAAAAGACCUAUCACGAAGGUCUGCCCUCUUGAAUGGAGUUGA